UUUGGAAAUUUGUUGAAGAUGCAUAUUGCGUUUAUAUUGAUUAUCGUCCUUCUGAGCUGCAUAGGUGCUGCUCUAACCAGCAGUCUCAUAGACGAUUUGAAAAAAGUUGCUGAAGACACUCAAGUACUCGUUAAUAAGGAUGAGAUAAAAACGUUGAUUGCUAUAUCUGAAACAAUAGCUGCACAUCAUAUUGCGCCUAAAGAGGAUAUUGAAUAUUGGCAAACAUAUUCCGAGAAGUUAAGAUCCUGGAAUGUUACCGUCUCUAGAGAUUAUUCUCUAGUAGAAGUAAGAAACCUGCCUAUAUAUUCUUUGAAAUUGUUAAAUCAAUAUUCCAAUGGGGACUACGCCAAGUUGCGAGACGAUUUUGUAAAACUCGUAGAGCAACGAUGUGCGGCAUUUAAGAUUACUGCUUUGAAAAUAAUAAAUGCAGCGAAAAAGUCUGGAAUUAUCCAUGUUCCGAUAAAAAACAAAUUAAUACGUUUGGAUGAGAUAGAAAUAAGCGAGGCAAAUUUGUCCCUAAAAAUAACUAAUCCUGAAGUUAAUUUCAUUUAUCCCCUGGUUCAUAGCAUCUAAAGUUUAAUAUUAAGUAUAAAAUUGUGAAUUUGUAAUAUACGAAAUUAAAUAUUGCACUAUGCUGCUUAAAAUAAUGCAAUGACACAGCAAAAGUUUUCGAUAGUAAUCAUAAUAAUUUUGAUGGAAAUUUCGUUGAUUUGAUUUCUAAUGAUUAUACAUUUUAAUUCACUUAAAGAAAUUGUAAUAAAUACAAAUAUUAAAAUGUUCUUCUUUGAAUCAAGUAUUGGUCUUCUAAUUUCUCAAUCAUUACGAAUAAAAAGAAAAUAACAACGCCGACAAAAAUUUAAAAACAAUCCCA